GUAUGAGCAUAUCGAAUAACAAGCAAACGACAGUGAUCACUCAAGACAAAACGUUCAUCUAACAUCAUCGUGUUCAAGAAGCAGAUUGUAUCACACCGGAUAAGUACAAAGAUGGCCAUGAUUUACGAGCAGUAUGAGAAACUGAAGGUCAAAGACGAAAAUGUAAGGGUUUUGUUUGUAACAGUUGUGAAAGCACAAAAUAUCACUACCUGGCCUCUCUUUGAUGCUUGUAAUAGCUAUGCGCAUCUAUGGUUAUCAAGCUGGGUUGGACCUGUUUACAGAUUGGUAAAAGGUGUUCUGCCAGAUGUUUUUGAUGUGCCUGACCCUUACGUGAUCCUUCGUGUUCGCACAAGUCCUAACAGUAAACAGAAGACCACUACUAAAUCAAACACUUACAACCCUGUUUGGAAUGAAACAUUCCGAUUUUACUUACAUAAUGAAAAGAAAAACACGUUAGAGUUUGCAAUGAAAGAUUCAGAUCUUUUGUUUGACGAUACCAUUGGUUCUCGAAGUUUUGAUCUUGACAAUCUACCGCAUAACAAAGAAAUUACAAAAACAGUUGAAAUUAACGAUAAAACAACACUUGAAUUGAAGCUGACGGUGAGAACUGAUGUGGAAAAAGAGUUAAGACUGAGUUAUGACCUAUGCCAGCAGGAGAUCGACUUUGUUCGACAAAGAAAAGAAUUUAUACUUAAAAAUAUGGUGCAUGUCCUAGGGAAAGAAAAUGCUCCAAAAACAAUUAAUCAGGUUCCUGUAAUUGGGAUAAUGGGAUCAGGUGGUGGCUACAGAGCUGCGUGUGGAUUAUCAGGAGUAUUCUGUGCUUUACAAGAAUCUGGUAUUCUAGACUGGUCUACAUUUGUAACUGGCUUGUCGGGAUCAUCUUGGUAUAUAUCAACUUUGUACCACAAGAAUGCUUGGCCGACCGCUAUCAGUUGUGAGGACAUGGCACAAGAAUUGAGAGAAAGAUUCAAUACUAGUCCAUUGAGUCAUCUUCAAAUGAAUUUCUUUUCUCGUAUGAUAGCUAAGAGAAGGCAAGGACAACUCACCAGGCUGGUUGAUCUCUUUGGAUAUUUCAUUGGUGACAGUUUACUUGAUAACAUAGAUGCAAAACUUAGUGAGCAAAGUGAGAGAUUAGGAAGUGGGAAAGCACCAUUACCCAUCACCACAGCUAUUCGUGUGCGAUUGGAUCAUCCCGCGAAUGAGUUUAAUGAGUGGGUUGAGUUCACACCAUUCGAGUAUGGUUUUGCAAAGUAUGGAGUUUUUGGAAAAACUCAAGAGUUUGGAGGGAAAUUCUACAAAGGACAGCUUGUAAAAAAGUUUUUGGAACCACCACUGUCAUAUUUACAAGGAAUUUGGGGUAGUGCAUUCAGUAUUGCUUUGACUGAACUUUUUAAAAAUGGAAAAAAAUCUGACAAAGAAUUGGAAAGUGAAACAAGCAAGGUUGCCAUCGAUGAGGCAAAGGAAUGCAAGGCUGAAUCUGACGACAGCGACGAUGACGACAACGAUGACGUAGACGGACCCGGCUCAACUGAGGAUGAAACAAAUAAUGAAUGGUGGCUAACAGAAGCGUUUGACCUUCACAAUUUUCUGGCGACUCAUCGUGGUAAAUCUGCAGAAGUUUUUAACAUGUUACGAGGAUUGAAAUUCAGGAAAGACCACGAUGCUUCCUUUGAUGAAGCAACCGGAAACCAUAAGACUAUGUGCCUUAUUGAUGCUGGUAUUGCUUUUAACUCUCCUUAUCCAACUCUGCUACGACAAGAGCGAAAAGUCGAAAUAAUUUUGUCGUUUGAUUUUUCUCAGCGAGAUAGUGACAAAGAGCCGCCGUUUAGUGCUCUUUUAAAAGCUGAGAAGUGGGCAAAGGAAAACGAUUGUCCGUUCCCUCCAAUUGAAAAUAACCCAGUGCUGAACAAUCCUGUAAUUGAAGAAUGCUAUGUGUUUGAAGACCCAUGCAAUCCAAACUGUCCGAUCAUAUUUCAUUUUCCAAUCAUAAACAAGAGUUUCAAAGUAUUUGAAAAACCAGGAGUACGUCGUGUGACAGAAAAGAGUAAGAAAUUUGGAAACUUUUCCAUCUUUGACGAUCCCAAUCAACCGUAUUCAUCUUUCAAUUUCACAUACAGUCACGAACAGUUCGACCGUCUUCAUCAGCUGAUGAAAUACAACACAUUGGCAAAUAUCAAAAUGAUCAAGGAGAAGAUUUUAGCUCGAAUACGGCAACCUCGCUAAGAAAAAAGCAAAAUUUUCUUAAAUAAUUACUGAUAUAUACUUGUUUUUUGAUAAAUUUGAUGUACUGAUCGCGACAAAAAAUUUUCGUACUGUAUUUUUGCUAUCCAACGGAAUGCAAAAAGCCAAAAUAUUUUAUUGCCUCUCACCACAUGUCAAACUUUCAGAACUUGUGAUUUUGGCAUUUAUCCGCAAUUACCUUUAAAUAAAUAUACAAACAAGCUUCUUUGUAAUUAAUGUCUUUGAAACAAAUGUACUUCAAUGUACACAGUUUUAAAUCAGCACGAAUUGUUCAUGUAAUGAUAGAUAAAAAUCUGAGCUAAUCAAAUAGAAGUUGAGGCGCUGAA